AUGGGGGAAAUGGCGGAGAAUGAUGAGUUUUACCUGAGAUAUUACGUGGGUCACAAAGGAAAAUUCGGUCACGAGUUCUUAGAGUUUGAGUUUAGGCCUGAUGGCAAGCUCCGUUAUGCUAACAAUUCCAACUACAAGAAUGAUACAAUGAUUCGCAAGGAAGUCUUCCUUACCCCUUCUGUUCUCAAAGAAUGCCGCCGCAUUGUUGCUGAUAGCGAGAUCAUGAAGGAAGAUGAUAACAACUGGCCGGAACCAGAUAGAGUUGGUAGACAGGAGCUUGAGAUUGUGAUGGGAAAUGAACACAUAUCAUUCACUACAUCUAAGAUUGGUUCAUUAAUGGAUGUGCAGACCAGUAAUGAUCCUGAGGGACUCCGUAUCUUCUAUUAUCUUGUUCAGGAUUUGAAGUGCUUUGUGUUCUCUCUCAUCUCGCUCCAUUUCAAGAUCAAACCCAUUUAA